CCAUUAUUUAAUGAACAACAGAAUAAUAAGUAUACUGUGUAAAAUAACUAAUUAAAUCACUACAGAUUACAAAAUAUGUUGAUGUGUUUUAUAUAAGUAUUAAAUAAUAAUAUAAUACAACCAUUUUAAUAUUUUACAAUGUUUAUUAUAAAUAGGUUGUCAAAAUUGAAUAAUAAAAGUUGUAUAUUUAAACAUUUAUCUACAAAACCAACUCAAGAACAUACUCAAGAAUUAGUCAAUGUUGAAAGAUUAACAAAUGAUGAUAAAGGUAUUGUAGUCAUAGGUCUCAAUAGACCGUGGUCAAAAAAUGCAAUUAAUAAGCAUAUGCUUGAUCAGUUACUAAAUACUUUUAAACAAUUGUACAAUGAUAAUGAUACAAAAGCAGUUAUUUUUCGAAGUCUAGUAAAGGGAAUAUUUUGUGCAGGAGCCGAUUUAAAAGAACGUUUAAAAUUACCACCUUCUGAUGUCGGAAGACGUGUAUCAGAAAUACGUAAUUUAGCAAAUGUUAUAGAAAAUGUACCUGUUCCUGUUAUUGCAGCUGUUGAUGGUGCUGCAUUAGGAGGAGGUUUUGAAUUGGCUUUAAGUUGUGAUUUUAUAGUAAGUGCUUCCAAUUCCAUUUUCGGAUUAGUAGAAACUAGACUUGGCAUAAUACCCGGUGCUGGUGGCACUCAACGUUUAGCACGUGUAGUUGGUGGCUCACUAGCCAAAGAAUUGGUUUAUACUGCUAGACUUUUUAAUGCGCAGCAGGCUUUACAAUAUGGAGCUGUAAACAGAGUAAAUGAACAAAAUGAAGAGGGUACAAGUGCUUAUAUGUGUGCUUUACAAAUCGCUAGAGAAAUUACACCUAAUGGGCCAUUUGCAGUAAAAAUGGCUAAAAAAGCGAUCAGUCAUGGACUACAAGUAGACAUAAACAAUGGUUGUGCCAUUGAAGAAUUUUGUUAUAGUCAGACAAUUCCAACAAAAGAUAGAAUAGAAGGACUCUUGGCAUUUGUGGAAAAGCGAAAACCAAUAUAUACAGGAUCAUAAGCUGUUCAAAUUAUCAAGUUUAAUCCAUUAUGAAUAUGAUAUCUAUAAUAUUUGUAUGUUGAAAACUGGAAUUGUUGUAAUAUAUUUUUAUGAUUCA